UGUUCCGGAUCCGUUUCUCCUCCUGUGUAAACAUGGCAGUCCCGAGUCAACUUGUCAGGGAGAAAUUUCCCAACAUUGAUGAGGAAAUUUUCCAAUAUGUCGAAGGUGUUCUCACUAGCACAGAGGACUUUGAAAGUAGUGAGGAUGUUUAUGAUGCCAUUGGAAGCCUCCUAGCAGAUGCUGUUGGAGUGGAAAGGGAGGAUGAAAUAAGGAAAUUAUGUGACCAGGUGAUGUCAACACUGACAGUGUCUAACGGCACGAUAGAACGGAAGAUCUUAGAUGCUCCAGUGCAGCUGGCAGAAAUGGCCGCCAACAUGGAGGUCGAAGAUGAGGUCAUCAAGUCCGUCUGGACAAGAGAACGGGAUGAUACAUUGAAAGUCGACCAAAAGAAACUAGACAAAGCCGAGGCCAAACUAAAAGAAAAGAAGGAAAAGAGAGUAAAUGCGGACAAGAAGGAACAAGCUCCUAUUAUUAUGGAAAUGGCUACAGCAUCACAGGUUGUAAGCAAAAAAGACCGAGCGCUGGACGCCAAAGGUAGCUGUAAUACAAAGGACAUCAGAAUAGAAAGCUUCGAUGUAGCAUUUGGAGAAAAAGUGCUUAUUCAAAAUGCAACAAUUUCUUUAGCCUUCGGAAGACGAUAUGCGUUAGUGGGCAGGAACGGCCUUGGGAAAACUACUCUUUUACGGAUGAUUGCAAGUCGAACUUUGCGCAUUCCUGGGCACAUUUCGGUGUUACACGUCGAGCAAGAAGUGGUUGGUGACGACACCUUAGCAAUAGAGAGUGUACUUGAAUGUGAUACUCAACGUAAGAAUCUCCUAGACAAAGAGAAAGAGCUGCAGACAAGAAUAGCAAAUGGGGACACAGACGACACCUUGUCCUCCCAGCUGUCAGAAGUGUAUGCUGAGCUACAGGCCAUUGAGGCAGACAAGGCCCCAGCCAAGGCCAGUGUCAUCCUGAAUGGUCUGGGUUUCAACCCUGAAAUGCAGACGAGGAAGACGCGGGAGUUCUCUGGUGGUUGGAGAAUGAGGAUUGCGCUGGCCAGAGCACUGUUCACGCAAAUCCGUUUCUGGGUGUUGUUGGAGGACAAGAAUCCGUUUCUGGGUGUUGUUGGAGGACAAGAAUCCGUUUCUGGGUGUUGUUGGAGGACAAGAAUCCGUUUCUGGGUGUUGUUGGAGGACAAGAAUCCGUUUCUGGGUGUUGUUGGAGGACAAGAAUCCGUUUUUUUCUCCAGGGCAAUCGAGAAAACUUUUUCCACGACAAGGGAGGAGAGACACAAGAACAUGCAGAGAGAGUUUGAGGCCCAGUCGCAGUUCCGGCAGCACGUCCAGGAAUUCAUUGACAAGUUCAGAUACAAUGCCAAGCGAGCCUCAUUGGUCCAGUCAAAAAUUAAAAUGCUGGAAAAGCUCCCAGAACUGAAGCCCGUAGAAAAAGAAACAAUUGUAACACUAAGGUUCCCAGAGGCAGAGAAGCUGAAUUCCCCGAUCCUGCAAUUAGACGAAGUCGAGUUUGCUUACAAAAAGGAUGUAGUCAUUUUCAGCAAAGUCAACCUCUCGGCUGCCAUGGACUCGAGAAUAUGUAUUGUUGGUGAAAAUGGUACGGGAAAAACAACGUUGCUUAAGAUUUUACUUGGUGACUUGUCUCCCACAAAGGGACACAGGUUCUGUAAUAGAUCGUUAAGAAUAGGCUACUUCACCCAGCAUCAUGUGGACCAGUUGGACAUGCGAUUAUGUCCUGUCGAACUUCUUCAGAGCAAAUACUCAGGAAAACCAGUUGAGGAGUAUCGCCGUCAGCUCGGUGCUUUUGGCGUUAGUGGAGAUUUGGCUGUGCAGCAACUGGCCAGUCUGUCAGGAGGUCAGAAGUCCAGAGUGGCCUUCUCACUGAUGUGCAUGGGCAAUCCCAACUUCUUCAUUCUUGAUGAGCCGACCAAUCACUUAGAUAUUGAGACGAUCGAAGCUCUGGGGAAGGCAAUACAGAAGUUCAAGGGUGGUGUGGUCCUUGUAUCCCACGACGAGCGACUCAUCCGCAUGGUUUGCACCGAGCUGUGGGUGUGUGGGGAUAAGCAAGUCGUCUGCAUGGAGGGUGGCUUCGACGAGUACAGAGCCCUUGUGGAGAAGGAGAUUCAGGCUACCAUAUAAAGGGUAUUCUAGGCUUCAAGCAAUUUUUACAUAAAGGCCAUUGAUUAUACGCUCGCAGGACAAAGUGGAAGUUUUAAUUUCUUUAUGCAUAAUUUUUUCUUUUUUUUCAUAUAUUUCUUUUCCUCCUCUUAAUGUUUGGUUGCUGUUUUUUUUCUGUUUUUUUUGCAUUUAUUAUUGGUAUUGUUAUU